AUGACAGUUAUUGAUCAUAUUUAUCCAACACAUAAUGAAUUCAGAAGUGAUACCUUCACUGUACCUACAAUGUCAAUGAUUGAGAAGGCUGCAAAAAUAACUACUUAUGGAGAUUCAGUUUAUAAAGAAGAUGAAAUUACAUUGGAAUUAGAACAUCAAAUGUGUGAAUUAUCAGGUAAAGAGUCAGCAUUAUUUUGUGUCAGUGGUACGAUGUCCAACCAAAUUGGUUUAAGAGCAAAUUUAUAUCAACCACCAUAUUCAAUAUUGUGUGACCAUAGAUCUCAUGUAUUUUUACAUGAAGCUGGUGGUUUGGCCACUUUAUCACAAGCCAUGGUACAUCCUGUUAUCCCAAGUAAUGGUAAUUAUAUUACACUUGAAGAUAUAAUUGAAAAUUUCACUCCUGAUAAUGGAGAUAUACAUGCAGCUCCUACUAAAGUAAUCUCCUUAGAAAACACCUUACAUGGUAUAAUUUUACCUCUUGAAGAAAUAAAGAAAAUCAGUGCAUUUGCAAAGAGUCAGAAUAUAAGGCUUCAUUUAGAUGGUGCUAGAUUAUGGAAUGCUUCAGCUGAAACCGGAAUUCCAAUCAAAGAAUACUGUUCUUAUUUUGAUUCAGUGUCAUUAUGUUUAUCAAAGUCUUUGGGUGCACCAAUGGGAUCGAUUUUAGUUGGUGAUAAACAAUUUAUAGAUAAAGCCAAUCACUUCAAAAAACAAAAUGGUGGGGGUAUAAGGCAAGCUGGUAUAGUAACAUCAAUGGCAUUAGUUGCAAUUGAAGAAAAUUUCCCAAAAUUGAAAAAAUCUCAUGAAUAUGCUAAAAAUGUUGGAGAUUUCUGUGUUUCUAAAGGUAUAAAGUUGGAAAGUCCAGUGAAUACUAACUUUGUAUUUAUUGAUUUCAAAGCAAUGAAAAUGAAUGAAGAUUUAUUCAUUAAAAAGGGACAAUUGAAUAAUAUUAAAUUAAUGGGUAAUAGAUUAGCAUUUACUUUCCAAAAUGAUUCAGAGAGUAUUGAAAUCCUCAAGAAAGUUAUCUUGGAUUGUUAUGAAGAUAGUUUGAUAAAUCCUUAUGAAGCUGUCUCGUCAAACAAAAAGUUAUAUAACAUAGUUACGAAAUAA